GAGUGCACAUGUGCCAGUGAGUACAGCUGCCACACUUUAAAUCAACAAAAGAAAGAAAGAUUAAACUCUGAGACAGAAUCCAACUUUGUCCGGUUGGGAAACAGAAACUCCACUGGUUGAACGGUCAUCUUAAACUACAGAUCAUCUACUGGAGAACUCACCUUUAAACUGUGAUGGCUCCCAGCUUGGCCCAGGCCUUCAGGAGGAGGUGGUGGAUGGCGGUCACAGCCAUCAUAGAGAACCUGCUCUUCUCUGCGGUGCUGCUGGGCUGGGGCUCACUGCUCAUCAUGCUGAAGAGCGAAGGCUUCUACUCACACCUUUGUGUUGAAAAUGUGACUGUGGACCCCAACGUGACCGUGGUGGAGAGCGGGGCCUGGCCGAGCUGUACGGAGCAGGAGGAGGUGUUGAACCUGGGCUUCACCAUUGGCUCCUUCCUCCUGAGUGCAGCCACUCUGCCUCUGGGCAUCCUGAUGGACAGAUUUGGGCCACGCCCACUGAGGCUCGUUGGCAGCGCAUGUUUCGCAGCUUCCUGUGCCAUCAUGGCUGCCGCUGCUUAUGAUCCUGAAGCGCUGUCUUUCCUCAUCUUCCUCGCUGUCUCCUUCAACGGCUUCGGAGGAAUCUGCCUGACCUUCACCUCACUCACACUGCCUAACAUGUUCGGGAACGUACGAUCAACCAUCCUCUCCCUGAUGAUCGGAUCCUACGCUUCCUCUGCGGUCACCUUCCCUGGAGUCAAGGUUAUCUAUGACCUGGGCGUGUCGUUCCGCAUCAUCAUGUGGGUAUGGUCGGCCAUGGCCUGCGGAGUCUUCCUCAACUGCUUCCUGAACUGGCCUGCUGAGUCCUUCCCUGCACCUGAAGACGUCAGAUACACUAAAAAGGUGAAGCUGUGUGGAGUUGUGACUGAGGACAAGGUGACUGGGGACAGGUACGUGACCCACGUGGCUGUCAUGGAAGACAUGAUGGGACCCAAGCAGCCAGAACCCGAGCAUGCAGACUCACAAAGCCGACCCCAAGGCGGGCUGCCACUCUGUCACUCUGUGUGCUCGCCCAUCUUACUGUGGAGUGUCAUCACCAUGGCAAUGACCCAGCUGAGGCUGAUCUUCUUCAUGGGUGCCAUGAACAAGAUGCUGGAGUUCCUGGUCACCCACGGCCAGCCAAACCCUUCAAAAGAGCUGCUGCAGGAGGUGGAGGAACAAGUUGGUUUCUACUCCUCUAUCUUCGGAACGAUGCAGCUGUUGUGUCUUGCCACCUGUCCUUUGAUUGGCUACAUUAUGGACUGGAGGUUGAAGGAGUGUGAAGAGGAAAAUGCAAAGAACAGCGAAUAUGAUCCCACAAAGAGAGACAGAAAGAUCCAGAAACUGACCAAUGCCAUGAGAGCUUUCAUCUUCACCAACCUCCUAUUGGUCGCCUUCGGAAUCAUUUCCAUGAUUGACAACCUGCCCAUCCAGUUGGCGUCCUUUGUCCUGCACACCAUAGUGAGAGGAUUUAUCCACUCCUGCUGUGGAGGUCUCUAUGCAGCUGUGUAUCCAGCCAACCACUUUGGAACACUGACAGGCAUGCAGUCCAUGAUCAGUGCUGCCUUCGCCCUGCUGCAACAGCCACUGUUCAUCCUGAUGCUGGGACACCUCAAUGGAGAUCCUUACUGGAUUAAUCUGGGCCUUCUCAUCAUGUCCGUGGCUGGCUUCCUGUUGCCAGGCUAUCUAUUCUAUCACCGUAGAAACCUGACCCGGGCAAAGGCAGAACGUGAUAGGUUGGCUGCCAGCCAAUCAGACAAGGAGAAUGCUCCUCUAACCCAAUCAGAUGGUAGAACUGCUAAUAGCCAAGCCAAUGGGCUUGCAGCUAAUGGCUACACAACAAAUAACGUUCAAUAGUUUAUUUAUUGUGAGGAUGCAAAUGCCACUCACCAAAUUUGUAUUUGAAACAUUUAAGAAACACAUAAUAGCACAGUUUAAAAUGGACCAGGAAGCUACAUUUGUAACCCUAAUGUCAGACAUCUCUGUGCCUUUUCUCUAGAUUUGAUCACUAAUCAUUUCAAAAUGACUAGUGAAGAUGGCUCAGUAGUUAGCUCUGUGGCUUUCUGGCUAAGCCUCAGUCCUGGAGAUACAUGCUGUUCUCCUAUGUGUGGGGGCUGCUUUCUCCACAAACACUCUAAAUGCCCAGAUGUUAGAAUAUGUGUAUGUACGAGUUAGGUGAACUGCAUGCUGGGAAUGUUUCCAGUCUCCAAAUGCUUGACCCAAACAUUAUUUAAAAGAAAAAUAUCAGCAUUUAAGGACCAUUGCGUAUGUAUGCAACUUUAAUCCUGUUUACUGUUACUGUUACUAGCUCUCCAAACACUGAAUGUGCUUGAAACUUGCUUGCUUUAAGUAAUCCAUCAAAUCAAGCAGCAAAGCUGCAAGCCAAUAACGCACGACUACAUAUUAGGGCUUUGAGCGUUAUUUGUCAUCUUGACAUAACAAUACAGAAAGGACAUUUUAUUUUAUUUAGCCUUUAUUUAUAUAGGUGUAAAAUCUCAUUGAGACACAAGGUCUCAUUUUCAAGAGAGACCUGUCAGUGGUAACACUACCACACAAAGUUACAGACAGACAGGACACUAAACACAGAGGCAACACUAAAAUACAACACCGUAAAAAAAGUAGUCAUUGAAAUCCAUAUACAGUAGACAGACAUGUUUUAAAUGUCUACUCUAAAGAAAAGUUAGACUCAUUAAUAUUGAAACAAACUCUUGAUCAAUUCAAUAAAUUGCUCCUGUUGCUACUAAUACUUUGGCUUGACUUCUUCAGUAGAUACUUGCUGAAUGCAGCAGGUAGUAUCAUUAAUACCUGCAGGAGUAAUGCUAAAGAAAUAGUUGAAUAGAAGAUUGAUACUACUGCCUGCAUGUUCAAUUGUAUGUAACAGAUUAGCUUAGCUUAGCAUAAAGACCAGUGUAAAAGCUAGCCUGGCCCUUUCCAAAACGUUAAACAUACACCUAGCAAUACCUUGUCAUUUUAUAUACAGUUUGAAUGAAUGUGUGAGAUAAUAUAGAGUGGUGCAGUGACAAGGGCUCCAUCGACAAAAAGAAGACAUUGGAUUUUAGGAUUAUUUGAAAAUAAGCAUUGUGGCACACACAUCUAUGAUACUUACACGUUUGUUCAGCGGGAUCAUUUUCACAUACUAAAACUUAGUUUUAUAACAAUUGAAGCGUAAAUGCAAUCAUCAGAGGUUUAGUAGUCCCAUUUAGACAUUUGUUAGCAUUCGCUGUUUUCAUGCCAUUUUAUGCCAUUAAGACAUUCAUCAGUGUGGUGUUUGCCGACAUUUUUUAUGUUGCAGAAAAAACGUAAAUCUUUUAAGGUUGUGUUAACCACGGUGCUUUUUUGGGAAUCCAACCAAAAACUCUUUGAGACGUGGGAGCCCUAAUGUGCUAAAAUGCUAACUCAUUUCCAGGUUUAGGACUCAUUCCUGCACCACUCUAUUAAUCUGCCACUAACCAGGACGACCGGGCUUUGUAGAUCAACCUGAAUGUCCCAUUUGGAAAGCAAUGAAGUGAGGAUGGAUGAGGUAGUCAGUGUUUACAUGCUAAACAUGUCACUUCAGGUCAGAGUUGGACUUUUCCUCUAUAAUGGUGACAAAUGGAUCUAACAUAACUAUGAUUGUUGCAACUAUGGUAACAUCAUUUAAAGGUUAUAUUUAAGUAGUUUCUGUUUAUGGCUUUAAAUAUUAACACAUUUCUCAACAACAUCAUACAAAAAAGGCGAAAGGGGUGGAGGAGGGUUGCGUUUUGUCACCUGAAAUGACAGCUGACAGAGGGAAGAGCAGAUAUAAAGGGAUUAGCGGGAGCUAUGAUAGGCUUGUGAGAAUGGAGAGAGGAGAGAUUGGUUAGCUGGGGAGAGACGCCCCCGAUCACUUAAUGAGGGAGAGUGUAAUGAGGUGACGUGUAAUCUGAAUGAAGAGCUUGGUCUUCCUGAUUGAACUUACGCUGAGCUUCAUAAGUAUCCCUGGGAUAUUUGAGUGUGAUUUUAUUAAGUUAACUGUAUUUAAAGGAAAAACUAAUUUAAAGGUUUUCAAAGUUUGAAAGCUCCGUAUUUAAUCCCCCCCCUGUCCUUGACUGUGCAGGCACAGAAAAGGAGAUCAUAAGAACAAUGAAAUGUGUAGUACAGUAUAACAAUUAAUUUUGUCGUAGCUAGUCACUAAAGCUGCUUUAUUUGACUGUUGCAUUUUAAGAAGCACUUGAAUGUCACAAAGGCUGAACGCCAUGCUGAGUGCAGAUCUGUGAUUUGGUGAAGAGGCUGACAGCGCAACAUGGCUUUCAGAUCAUCUGUGAACAGAGAGAUUGUACAGUGUUAAUAGAUAUGUGAAAAUAGUUUAAUGAUAGGCUUUAUUUUGUGAUUACAUAAUGAAAUGUAAAACAAUGUUUAUUACAGAAUGUGCAUGCUUACCAAGUGCCUCGGGUUGACAUCUGAGUGCCAUCUGCUGAUGUUUAAGUGUCCUGAUCUAAGGCAGCAUACGCACAAACAAAGAAACCAUUUUGUUUGAAGUCAGCAACAUGCUGCUUAUCUGAUAGUUUGACAUAAAAACCAAAAGCAGGUGCACCUUAAACAUAAUACAACCAGUCCAGGAACACUGGCCACAGAAAUGAUUGUGACAGGAAUCUGAUGCUAUAGACUUAUUUAUUGUAUGUCCAUUGUAUGGGACGCGUCAUGAUGUAUAGAUGCUGCUUGUAUUGUGUCCAUCUUUUGUGUGUCUUUAUUUGAUUGUUCAUCAGGGGUAAUUCAGAUGAAAAUGGUCACAGCAUUUGUCAUCACUUUUGUUGAUGAAAAGGGAGCUAAAGUGUUAUCGAAAAUGUCAUCAAAAUGAAAAGUAAGUUAACAGAUGUUUAUCAUCGUUGAAAACCAAUUGACCACUGAGAAUAUAGUUUAAAAAUAAUUGUUCAGUGUCAAUAACUUUCCUCAUAAGAGGAACAUUUAUUUUGUGUAUCAUUUAUUUGGUUUCUGACUUGAUUGAUUGUGGAACAGUUUUAAAUAUUAAAAAACUAUAAAAUAUGUAAAAAAUGAAA